AUGGCGGUCUGCCGACAGACACCGGAUGACCCGGGUUCAUGUGGCUUCAUCAUGCCUAAGAACUGCGAAUGCUAUCGGGAGUGCUACCGCCUGUACUGCAGCAAGUACGGCCCAGACACCAACAAAUGUACCAAUCAGUGGUGGGGCGCGGAGCUGUUCGAUGCCACUUGUUGGCUGUACGGCAGUGAGGAGCGGGGUCCCUCGACUGACCGCCCCCAGAACAGCUCCUGGUAUCCGGAGGACCCCGAGCGGGAGACGGUGUGGUUUGCCCGUAUACCCGAGAUGGCGGGCCAGAGCGACUACAGCGACCCGGAGCUCAGGCUCAAGGAUGAACAGCGGCGCUUCAAGUCCCCGUGGGACCGGCCCUGGCUUGUGUGGCAUAGGGCCCCCAACACCGCCCAACCGCUGAGCCGUUGCCCCAACAACUGCUCCAACGGUCGGGGUGUGUGCAUACAACGAGAAGACGCGACACAACCCGAGUGCAUGUGCCAUUACGGUUUCACGGAAUCAGAUUGCGGCGCGCCCCAACCCCCCUCCAAGCCCUGCUGGUUCAGCCCCAACUGCGGCGGCCGAGGGCGGUGCCAAAGCGGGUUCUGCAAGUGCGAUGACGGGGCUUGGGGAGUCGGCUGUCACCGCACCGCGGCCUUCCAGCCCGCAACUCCAGGGGCGGUCCCUGAUCUCAGGUCGUAG